ACUAUUUAUAACAAACGAAUCGAAAAUGAUAACAAAUUCUAUCCGGUCAACACUUACCUUCAAUUAAAUCCACAAAUUGAUCCAAAUGAUGUUUUUAAAGAAUCAAAUGAAUUUGGAAAAAUUCAUAUGACGACCAAAUAUCAAUAUCCUUUAAACCAAGGUCGAUGUUGGAACUGUAAUCGAGCGUUUUCUCAUGAAUGUUGUACGGCAUCAGAUCUAAAGGUUCGUACUUUAAGAAGGGCGAAAGAGUAUGAUAGUGCAGAUUAUACAAAAAUUUUUCUUGAUAUCUUUUCUCGAGAUUUACUUUCAUAUCCUUUAUUAAAACAAGCUGAGAAGGUAUCAAAUCAAAUCGAUACUACGGAAUUAGAUAUUUAUCAGUUUACCGAUUCUGAAAGAAAACUUUACAAAUCUCUCGAAGAGAAAGAACCUUUUUACAAGGCAAAAAUUUUUUUGUUGAAGAAUUUAGAAAAACAGGUCAAAGAAUAUUUCCCAGACAAGUAUGAAAAAUUUGCACAGAAUAUUAAUGAUAUUAAGACUGUAUACAGUAUUCAACAUCAUAGAAUUUAUGAUAAAAUAAAUGAAGCGAAAUUCAAUGAUGCUUUUACUAAAGAAGAAAUCGAAAAAUUUCUUGAGGAUCGCGAAGAUAUAGAAGAAAUUGAAAAGUUUUUCUUUAUGAAACAUGAUAUUUUAAAAAAACUUGAAGAGAAAGCUCGUAAGGAUGUGAAAAGGAAACGACUCAAGUUUAUUUAUCAUGGUUGA